AUGGUUAACUUACUGAGAUUUUUUAUACUCCAAGCAAUUGGUUCAGUGGCUGGCAUACCUGUAGGAAGAGACACUUCGCCUGCUGCCACAGCAGUCCUUGCUGCUGAAGCGGAUCAUGGCAGUGGUGCUUUGGAGGCUCACUCCGCUGAGCAUGCCUUAGAUCCAAUCCCAAGCCAUCACAACCUACCAGCUGAAAAUCAAAUGGCUGUUAGGGAAUCCCCUCGUUUCCCAGAAGGAGACAGCAAAGGCGACAAAGAGCACAUAGUUGACAGCGAUGAAGAAGGGAGCACUUCCGAGAUGGACGCGUCUGCAAACGGGAAGGAGCACGCGGCAGAAGCGGAGGGCGAAAGGGAAGAGCGAGCGGGCCUAGUGGCCCUGGAAUCUCCGGCCGAUGGCGAUGACGGCGGCCAAGGCGGCGGGGAUUUUUUACCUGACCAUGAAAGUGGGGGACUUGCGUCUCUUGACAUGGGAUGA